AUGGAGCGAGUCUCUCUUUCUCAGUUGACUGAAGCAACUGUGCUCAGCUCCAGUCCUCCUGCAGCAUCCGAUUCUGAUAAAGAAAAUCCCCGAAGAAUCAACAAGAAUAACAACGCUCGAAUGGCAUCCUCCAACCAAUCUGCGAAACGCCGGCGUUUGACCGACCGUACCUCCAAUAUGCAGUCGAAAGUCCCAUCAUCGACGCAACGGAAUGACAGCAAGCGAUGGUAUGAUCCUGACCAGGAUGAGGAGGAACGGAGACAAACACGCAAGAAAUACAGAGAUCUGACGGGUGAUUUUAAUGAUUCGCGCGCCGAAUUCAUGCAGUCAGGGAACAAUGGUAUCUACGAAACGGUGGAGAAAGCGAACUUUCUUUACCAGAAUGUUAAACAAACUGCCGACGCCACCCUCGACUCGCGCCUCCUCGUCAAUGCCGCCGAUCUCACAAAUAAAAAAUUCUCGCAGACUGGGGACAGUAGCGCUGGUAUCGACGUGGAUGAGUUCAUCACCAGGUGUUGUAAUUUCAUGCGCGCCGGACCAGGCAGCUCGGAGACGAUAACCGGCAACACCCAGACCCAACGACGUCACCACCGAAGCCAGAGAGAGGCCGAUAGCGACGAUGAGGAUGGCACUGCGGGCGAUGCGAUGAACUGGGACUGGCUUGGUCGAGCGGCUUGCUUUCCCCAUAACACGAGGCCCGCGGUAUCUGGAUGGCUACUCGGGCCUUUGUCAGUGCAAAAACGCACGCGACAGAUGACCCAGCGGACCAGAGCUGAGCGCUUCGACGCAACACAAACGGUCCAACCACAGGAACUACAGCAGGAAGAUCUAGGCCAACAAGAGAACGCCAACCUUACUGAGACGUGCCAAAGGGUCAACAAAUUGCUUUACGAGUCUUCGGAGGCGGCUACCCAACAGGUCAAUGAGAAGCUGGCGGGGGUCGAGGAACCUAGUGAGGAAAUGAUCCAAAAGGUGAUGGAUGAAUAUGGUAUCUCUGAGAGCGCUGGCAUGAAUCUAUUCCGCUUUUGCAUCGACCCACACUCAUUCGGACAAAGUAUCGAGAACCUGUUCUACGUCAGCUUCCUGGUUCGCGACGGGACUGUCGCUGUGCAGAUGGACAGUCGUGGUAUUCCAUAUCUCAUUCCAGCCAUACCAUACGCGCCCAGCGAGGCCCAAAGGAAAAAAAUCCAGAAGCACCAAGCCGUGUUCAGCCUUGACUUUGAAACCUGGAGAGAGCUUAUCGAUGUGUUUGAAAUCGAAGACCCGAUUAUCCCUCAUCGCGAGGAACAAGAAGAGGAGACUGGGCGAGGAUGGCAUGGCUAG